CAAAUCAGCAGUUGUAUUCGUACAGUAGCACCAUGAAAUUCUUAAUCGUUUUUGCUUUGGCCUUGGCCGCCGUCUCCGCUGAGGAAAUUUUCCAACGCGAUUUGGUUGUACCCGUCAUUGAAGGUGAGGGUCGCAUUACCAAUGGCAAUACUGCUACCGUUGGUCAAUUCCCCUAUCAGGUCGGUCUAUCCUUGAAGGUUAGCGCUUUCUCCUCGGCCUGGUGUGGUGGUUCCUUGAUUGGAAACAGAUGGGUUUUGACUGCUGCUCACUGUACCGAUGGUAUCUCUUCCGUAACUGUCUACUUGGGUGCCACCGUCCGCACCUCCGCUGAAGUCACCUACACCGUCUCCAGCAGCGACAUCAUCAUCCACUCCGGCUGGAAUGCAAAUACCUUGAAGAACGAUAUCUCCUUGAUCCGCAUCCCAUCCGUCAGCUACACCAGCCGCAUCCAACCUGUCCAGAUCCCAGCCAUCUCCAGCUCUUACUCCACCUAUGUCGGUGAUUAUGCCAUCGCUUCCGGUUGGGGCCGUAUCUCUGACUCUGCCACCGGUGUCACCAACAACUUGCAAUGGGCUCGCAUGCAAGUCAUCACCAACUCUGUCUGUGCUCAAACCUACGGCACCUCCAUUGUUACCGCUUCCAACAUUUGCGUUUCCACCCCCAACGGUGUCUCCACAUGCAAUGGUGAUUCUGGCGGCCCAUUGGUUUUGGAAUCCUCCAAGGUUCAAAUUGGUUUGACUUCAUUCGGUGCUGCUGCCGGUUGUGCCAAGGGUUACCCAGCUGCUUUCACCCGUUUGACCAGCUACUUGGAUUGGAUCAAGUCCAACACUGGUAUCUCUUAUUAAGUAA